AAAUAGAGUUCUGAUUUUAGAAGGUCCAGACUAAUGGAGACAAAAAGCACAGACUGGAAUCUAGAUUUCUGUGAAACAGAUAAUUUCAACCUUUCUAAAACAGGCACGCUCCACGGAAGGAUGACGAACGGUACAUGCACUAUUUACAUUUGCAGUAAAAAUCCUAAGCUGCAGUGGUACUGUUAUUUGCUGAUUCUGGUUUGCCUUUUCACUUUAUUAGCAGGAUUUCUCGGCAAUAUACUUGCACUACGACAUUAUGUGUACUGCAUGAAGACAUGGACUACCAAUACUAUAUUUCUAUUUAAUUUGGCACUGUGUGACUUCACUUGGACUCUCAUGGCACCUUUUUCAGUUUAUUAUAGUCUCCAAAACUUAGCUGUCUAUUCCAGUCCAGAAUUUUUUCAUAUUAUAAAUAUAUUUUUUAGUAUUAAUAUCUAUGGAAGUGUCUACUUCCUGACACUUAUCAGUUUUGACAGAUAUGUAGGUGCUGUCCAUCCUAUCACUUCGCUAACAUGGUGGGACAAAGGAAAGGCCACGUUUUGUACCACCGCGGUAUGGAUCUUCAUAGUGUUUGCAUCAAUGCCAGAGAUCUACUACGCAGUUGCAGCUGAAACAAAAGACGAAUUAAUAGAUUCCCUGGAUGGCACUGAAGGACAUUUACAAUUUGAAGUGCCAUUCACGGUCUCCAAAAUCGUAUUGAGAUUCCUAAUUCCAAUCACAGUCAUAUUUACGUGCUACAUGUUGACUCUCAAAGCUUUACUACAACUCAGUAAACGUCAGCAAAGAAGGAACAGACUUGUUAGACCUCUGUUACUGAUUUCAGCCGCUAUGAUUGUAUUUGCUGUUUCUUUCAUACCUUAUCAUGUUAUGAUGAUGGUAAUACUAGUUUAUAGAACUAAUUGCCAACCACCCUGUAGAAACAUGAGCACAUUAACUGCCAUUUUUAAAGUCACAGAGAUCAUCUGCAGCAUCAAUAGUUGCCUCGACCCAAUCAUUUUCUCAGUAGCAAAUCAGACACUCUAUCAAAGAAUUAAAACUAGAAGAUGUCACCACAAAUGCCAGUGCUGCUGUUGUCUGACAGGAAGGGUAAGGGACACUACUCUGUCCCCAAGAACAAUGACUUAAACACAAAGACACACAUCUCUCCCUGCCUGUUUGGCUCUGUGUCAUCAGCCCUGUUUAAAAUUUGGUCUCCUGUAUUGUGCAGCACCCUCUUGAGUAAGCAAGAAUACACAGCAAUGAAGAGUAAAACUUAAUGUGUGCACCAACUAGAAAAGAAACACUAGCAACUCCUGGCUUUACAGAAAUGGCAUUUUAAAUAAUAUCCUUGUCAUAAAUAUACCUUAAUUUAUUGUGAAAUAGUACUUCUUACCUGUAUGUACAUGUGAUAUGGAAUGAAGAAUGAAGAGAAGUUUUAACUAGCUACUCUAAUUCUUGGCCAGAACAAUACAGUAAGAUAAGAGCACACAGUGUUGAGGAGCUUACUUACAGUUUCUGUUAAUUAUUUUUUCAUCUGUUUGUAAGUGCUGCUGUGAUUGGACUAUAUAAUUAAUAAUAAUCAUGAUGGUUAAGAGUUGAAGUUCUUGAGGACUUGCCGAGAGGCUUUCCACAAGUACUUCCUUUUAAUGCUUCUUGCACUAGAGGUCCACUGACACAGUCAGUGGAACCUCAUUAACUC